AACUGUCGUAGAGUAGAACAUUUCAAUCUCUAUUUUACAACAAAAACAUCAAUAACACUCGUAAAACAUACUUUAUAACUUAAACUAACGAUUAAAAAAGAAAAAGUUUCACAUGUGUUUGAAAGUUACGUAAAAGCUCUUUGCUUCAGUUGUAAAUUAAAAAGUUAAUUGUCAAAUUCGCGCGGGAAAGUCGAGAUGUGUGAAUUAUUGUUACGGUCGGCGGAAAAGUUUAGUUGAUAGAUCCUAGAUAAUUUUAAUAAACUAAUAUUUCAAAAUUUAAAAAAAAAAUGUAUUCGGUAGCUAAUGAAAAAGUGUGAGGCUUUUUUUUUAUUUUCCUUUGGAUUAGGCAAAGGUUACGAGCCGUACAGCCAGUUUUAUCAUGACUUUUUUUAAACUUUUGUUGUUUUGAGUGAACUAUCGUGAUGUUUUGGAAACGGGUGCUUUUGGUCGCAGCUUUUACCUCGUUUGUUGAAGUCGACAGCGAACAUGUGAUUAGAGACGAUGAACACAAGAUUCAGCUGCUUGAGCAUCUGUCAGAGACGGAAAAGGUGUUCCUACUUGGUGCUAAUCAUAAAGAUGCAGAGUUUGAAAUAGCACACAUGAAGCGACCAAAACGUCGCAAAAGAUCUUUAUUGCACGAUAACGAUGAUUUAGCUAAUUUGAAGAAACACUUGAAUAUAAAACGAAGUCCUAGAAACAGUUUCCUAGAUCCACAGUUCUUGUUGCUGAAGAGAUGGUCAAAUGGCACAGAAGCUGGUCUGGACCAGCAUACCGACGACGAGUUAGAUUUGUGUUAUUUUAGGAGCGAUCACGCUGCCUUGUAUGUUUGUGAAGAUGUGAGAGGGGUGGUCAAGUCAAACGAUAGUUACUAUUAUAUACAUCCACUGCCGGAAAGAUUCCACAACGAACAUUCGAAACCACAUAUCAUAGUCAAAAAAUCUAUUUUUGACCACAAUAAGGAUACAAAUGACGAAGGUGUAGACAUUUGUAUUGAGAAACAUAACAUUACAUUCAUUGAACAUCCUGAAGAAACUAAAACAUGGACUAAGCAUAGAAGAAAACGAGAAAUUAUAGCAGAUACAAUAACAAAUGGGAAUAGCUUAGACCAAUUUAAAUUAAAUUUAGCUCAUAGGAAUAAAACUAUACAAGAUUUUGUGGGUAAACUAGUAAUGGGAGAAAAUAGACAGAAAAGAGCUGUUUUACCAGCAAUUUUCGUCGAAACAGCUGUGUUCGUAGAUAGAGAUCUAUACAAGCACAUGACAGUUAACUUUCCAAUGGAUACAGAGAGGGAAUUAGUCAGAUUUGUACUAGCCAUGAUCAAUGCAGUACAACUACUAUACCACGACCCAAGUUUGGGAAGGCCAGUAAACUUUAUUUUGAAGAGAUUAGAGAUCCUUCACGAAGAUCCUUCCAAUUUGAAGAGACCUCAUGACAUUGAUAGGUUUUUGAGUAACUUUUGUACGUGGCAACGCUUGGAGAAUCCACCAGGGGAUAAUGAUCCAUUGCAUUGGGACCACGCGUUGAUAUUGACUGGAUUGGAUUUGUAUGUCGUCAAUAAAAAUGGAAAAGUGAGCAGCCAAGUUGUAGGUUUAGCUCCUGUAGCCGGAAUGUGCACGGUGACCAGCAGUUGCACUGUAAACGAAGGAAGACAUUUUGAAAGCGUUUAUGUCGUCGCACAUGAAAUUGGACACAAUUUAGGAAUGCGUCAUGAUGGUCCUCUAGCUGAUAAUGGCUGCGACCCCACUGCGUAUAUCAUGAGCCCUACUCUUGGAAGCGGCAAAAUUACCUGGUCCCAAUGCAGUAGAAACUACCUACAAAAAUUCCUUGACACAUCACAAUCUAGAUGUCUUCUGGACCACGGUAACUCGGCAGGACAGUUGGAUCAUAGCGCAGAAGGUAUCCUUCCUGGUGAAAGAUUUGAUGCAGACCAACAGUGUAUGCUCAAAUACGGCCGUGGUAGUAGACACUCUGGUGCGCAGAAUUUAGAAGAUAUUUGCAGAGAUUUACAUUGCCAAAGAGAAAGGUAUACCUGGACGUCGCAUCCUGCGCUCGAAGGGACCAGAUGUGGUGAAGAUAUGUACUGCAGGGGUGGUGAAUGUGUGGAGCGCGGCGGCGCGCGGGGAGUUGGCGUGUUAGUGGGCAGCGCGAGCUGGGGCCGCUGGUCCAGGUGGUCGGAGUGCGCGUCCGCAUGCUUGCUCGAUGAGGAACACGCGCCCGCCGCUGCCGGGGUGGCUAUCGCUACCAGAAGAUGUACUAGGCCGAGACAUGAAAACGGUAAAAAUUUCUGCCAAGGACACGACAAGAAAUAUCAAUCCUGCCAUGUCACGUGUAAAAAUGUCCCGAGAAUGACGGUGAGGGAAUUUGCCGAUCAGAUUUGUGUGAGAGCUCGAGACGUGGAUCCUGAUCUCAUUGGAACUGGUCUGCAGAGGUUGGAUGUUGAUGAUGCAAGCAGCGCCUGCGCAGUGUGGUGCGACACGCGCGGCGGAGGAUACAAGUCUCGAGGAUGGACCCUACCUGAUGGGACUUCUUGUUCCACACUAUCCCCUAAGUUUUGCAUCGCUGGUAUUUGCAGGAAGUUUAGCUGCACUGUCAAUGCGGACUCAGAGUUUUCUCUCACGGCAGGAGAAUGUGAAUGGGAAGCCUUACAAGUACAGACUGUGACACAGCACACUACAUCAACAAAAACCUCAGGCACUUGGCGCCGGGCGGUCGGCGCGCAAUGGCACCCUAGCAGCGGGUGUCACUAUCGAUGCGUUUUGGGCGGUUCUGGUCUACGCCUCGUUAGUUCCUCCUCACGACGAACUAUACAGCUGUGCCAGCCGGAUAGAGAGCGAACACAUAUAGGUUGCAGUCAAUUAAUGUCGCCAUACCAGUACGCGACAAUGGUCUGCUCAAAAUACAAGGAGAGAGUAAGAAGACUGUCAGGGUUGGGCAUGCAGAUAUCACCCGCAUUAGAGGAUCCCGACCGCCCAUGUCGCAUAGCCUGUCAAGACGAACGCGUGGCGCAUCGGUUCUACCUCGUCAACGGACAUGAUGGAUGGUUUCCUCUGGGCACAUCAUGUGGAAGAGCUAAUAACUCUUAUUGCGUUAGCGGCAAAUGCUUGGAAUUUGGUCCCGAUCAAACUCCCCUAUCAGAGAUGGUGUUCACACUGCCUCUACUGAACCGCACUAGUGAGGAAGCCAGGCGUUCCUCGCGACACCGUCGGAGUUUGUAUCGGGACAGACUCACUGUAAAGGCGUCAUUGGAUAGACAGCAUUUGGAUGAAAUCAUUGCGAGACUCAAUUUCACAGAUAACAACAAAGGACAUAUAACAUACUUUCAGAGUAUACCAGAGAACAUCGAAGUGGAUUUCACCAAUCCUAUACACAUUUCUCCAGAAGACACUCUAUUGAGGAAAAUACCUCGGCCCACUUGGGACUGAAUUCUUUGAAAAUAACGACUUAUUAAAAGCCUCAGAGAGCAAGUUAAGCCGUUCGGUCCCAGUUAUUAUCGUUAACAUCUGAUAAUAACUGUUAAUUAACCUAAGAGUCUACGUUAUCUUAGUCGAGUUGUAUGCGGAAGGAUCUGGGAAACCACCGCAUUAUUAUCCCAAGAGAA